AUGCAUCUCGAUCACAAACUCCCAUGGAAAACUAUCGCUUCUCAUUUUACCCUAGCAAGAGAUGGAUCAAGUCCAAACUACAACCUCAUAGCUCUCGGAUUGUCUACACAAGAUGCAGCUCUUGGACACUUCAGCCGUAUCUUCAUUGCGACCAUCGAGGAGUUCUCUAAUACCGAAACAUCCAAGAUCAACCUCAAUCAAGUUGACGGGAAAUUAUUCUCGGACGAUGUACUCAACUUUCCAGAGCACCAUUUCGGCCUAGGCCCGCACGAUACGAAUUCGGCGUUAAACAAUCCGUUAGAUGCAAAACACCAGGAAUUGAAAUAUUGGAAGGGACGAGCGUCUACUGCCUCAGAGUAUGGCACAAGCCCAGAGUAUAGCGCAAGCUAUAGCACCGCAGAUGGCGAUUUGGCCGACGCAGCCAAAAUGCUGGUUAUUACAGCUGCCGUCAGCGACAAUCAAGCCAUUCGUCGCGAGGCCCUAUCCGCUCUUUGUCAACUCUCAGCACAUGUUCCCAUGUCCGACUUGCGAGGCUUGAGUUGGGGUCACGGGUUCGGACUAAGUCUUGUUGCUUCUGAAGCAUUAAAACUGUAUAUGCUAUUGAACUUGAUAGAAGCAGUUCAGUCUCGUGGUGCACAGCAGGUCUCACUACUGCGAGUUAAGAUACUGCUAUGUGCUCUAGGCAAUUAUUCACUCCAAAACUAUGACUUUCCUGCGCAGAAUAUCCCGCAUCGCGCUUUCUGGCAUUCUUUGGGGAUCACAGAGUCUUGGGCCGAUCGACAAGCAGAUGGGGUCAGGGAAAGUGAUGAACCAGUUGUGGACCCUCUGGGACUUGGGGAUGAUGAAAUCCAUCAAGAAGCAAGAAUUAAUCUUAAAAAGUAUUUGAAGGAUUGUUUUGCAAUUUUGUACGUUUAUGACGUAUUCCUAAAACAGAUUGCAAGUGAAGAAGAGCGGAAGGAGUUUUGGUCAUAUGAGAUUAAUCGCGUGAUUUUAUAUCUAUAG